CAGGAGCUCCACAUGUAGCACACUGUGAAGAUGGUAGUCUGAAGGCGAGCUGGUAGAGAAACGGUGGUAGCCCACGACAACAGCAGCACCGUUCAGUAGUGAAAAGAGGACAGAUGCAGGCUCCUGAACACCUAGCAGUCUAACAAAUGGCUUGCCGUGGAACUGUCGCACAGGCCUAUUAUGAUGCACAUCUUCUCGUGUGACUUGGUGCAUGCAGUAGUAUCCACAGUCUUCCUCGCAGCUCCAUCCCAACAGAGGGAGAGGGAAAGGCAGGGGAUCAACUGACCUGAGAUCACCGCAUGUCUACAGCAGCUUACUCCCAACUUCCUCUUCCUCACCUGCUGCAUUUCGAUAGAGUACACUGAUCGACACACAGCCUAAACUCUGGCGACCUGUCUCCCGAACUGCAGCUACAGCUGAGCACUUGAACCAAGAACAGCACCACUGUCGUGGUGCGCUUCAUUUGGAGUUAGCCACACCACCCAACCGGCAACCGGAGACUAGCGGAAUGGCCACGCGGUCGGUGCGAGGGGAAAGAGAGAGGAGGAGAGAGAGGAAAAGAAGGUCAACCAGUAGAGAUGGUAAAAGGAGGCAUCGCUCCCUGAGCAAGGAGCGCCGUUCAUGGAACAAAAGCUACAUAUCUAGAAGUAGAGAAAGGAGGUCGAGAAGCAGAGAACGGAGGUCGAGAAGUAGGGAUCGGAGGUCAAGAAGUAGGGAUCGGAGGUCGAGAAGUAGGGAUCGGAGGUCAAGAAGUAGGGAUCGGAGGAAGAGAUCGUCCGAGGAUAGUAGUUCCGACAAAGAAGGAAGUCCAAAACCUCCAGUGCAAAGCUUGCAAGAUGAAACAAAGGAAGAAGCAGCUGUAGAGAAGCGUCAGCCCCUGUCGUUGGACGAACUAAUUGCCAAGAGGACUGCAGAGCAGAGUGCGGAGUCAAAACCAGUGUUUCUGAGUCGAGAAGAGCGGGCAGCACUGGCCCUGAAGAGAAGAGCUGAGCAGGUAGAGGCCCGGGCCAAAGCCAGACUGGAGCUGGGCAAGAACAAGUUUUCAUCAGCUGCGCUCUCGGAGCAAGACCAUCAGCGGAUGAAUGAAGAGGAGCGAGAGAAGUGGUACAGACAGAGGGAGAUGGGCAAGGACAGAGACAGAGAGAUGGAUGCCAUCAAGUCUCGUUACCUCGGUGGCGAGAAGAAGAGGCGAAAACUGAGGCGUCUUGCAGACCGCAAGUUUGUGUUUGACUGGGAUGCAGGUGAUGACACGUCGGUUGACUUCAAUCCUCUAUAUCGCAGUAAGCAUCAGGCCCUGUUCUUUGGUCGUGGCCAUAUUGCUGGAAUUGAUAUCAAGGCUCAGAAGAAGGAGCAGUCUAAGUUUUAUUCCAACCUAAUGGGAGAGAGGAUGACAGACGACCAGAAGAAGCAGGCUCUGGUGCGGGAUGAGUCCGUGAAGGAAAAAGAGCGCAAGACGAAAUUCGAUGAGAGACACUGGUCUGAAAAGAGUCUGCCACAGAUGGCCUAUCGCGACUGGAGAAUCUUUCGUGAAGAUUACAACAUCGCCACGAAAGGAGGUCGUAUUCCAUAUCCUCUGCGCUCGUGGGCAGAGGCGGGAAUCAGUUCUGAUAUUCUGGAAGUCAUCCACUCACUGCACUACAAGGAGCCAACUCCUAUCCAGAGGCAAGCUAUUCCUAUUGGUUUACAGAACAGGGAUAUCAUUGGAAUAGCCGAGACUGGUAGUGGCAAGACAGCUGCUUUUGUGAUUCCCCUGCUGACCUGGAUUACCAGCCUACCCAAGAUAGUGAGGGAGAGUGAGGCUGAUCAAGGUCCAUAUGCUAUCAUACUUGCUCCUACAAGGGAGCUGGCUCAGCAGGUAAUGUUUCUUGAAGGUUGUGUGUGUGUGUGUGUGCGUGGGUGUGUGAAUGAAGGAAGGUGUUGCAGAUUGAAGAAGAAACUCUGAAGUUUGCAGCCCCGCUGGGACUGAGGACAGUAGCAGUUGUCGGGGGCAUCUCGAGGGAAGACCAGGGGUUCCAGCUGCGACUGGGCUGCGAGAUUGUCAUAGCAACCCCUGGAAGACUCAUCGAUGUAUUGGAAAACCGUUACCUAGUAUUGGCUCAGUGUACCUAUGUCGUGUUGGAUGAGGCGGAUCGAAUGAUUGAUAUGGGGUUUGAGCCAGAUGUGCAAAAGAUACUAGACUACUUGCCAGUGACCAACCAGAAGCCAGACACAGAGGAAGCGGAGGAUCCCGAGAAGAUGAAGGCCAAUAUGGAGUCCUCUAAACACAAGUACCGUCAGACUGUCAUGUUUACUGCCACCAUGCCUCCGUCAGUGGAGCGGUUGGCUCGCUCCUAUCUUCGCCGCCCUGCAAUUGUGUACAUUGGUUCAGCAGGCAAGCCGACUGAGAGAGUUGAGCAGAGAGUUAUCCUCCUGGCAGAGGGUGAGAAGAGGAAGAAACUGCUGGAGAUCCUAGAAGAGCCUGAGCCACCCAUUAUCGUCUUUGUUAAUCAAAAGAAGGGAGCUGAUGUGUUGGCAAAAUCUCUAGAGAAGAUAGGGGUGAGUCAAUCUGUCCUAAGACAGCAAGUCCGUGAAAUCUACGUGUGGUAGAAGCCCGAGGGCCCUUCAUGAGCAUUCCGAGCGUAGCUAUAUGUGAAGGACCCGAAGGCUUCUAACCUCCAUAGAUUUUAUUUGGUACGUACUGGCGCACUUGUUUUACGUGUGCUCGGGUUUAGCGGGAAACGGCACCAUGGACACUUAAUAAACACGAUGCGAGUUGCAACGCGAUUUAGUAAGCACAUUUUUUCGCAUGAGUGUGUACUAAAUACCAUCCACACGAUGUGGUGUGUCCAGUACCGAGCAGCCGUUCUGCACGGUGGGCGGAACCAGGAACAGAGGGAGUUUGCUCUGUCCAGCCUGAAGGAAGGGGAAAAGGAUAUUCUGGUCGCUACUGAUGUUGCUGGCAGAGGAAUAGACAUACAGGAUGUAUCGAUGGUGAUUAACUACGACAUGGCCAAGAAUAUUCAAGAUUACACUCAUCGAAUUGGGAGGACUGGCAGAGCAGGAAAAACAGGAAUUGCAGUCACCUUCUUGACAAAGGAUGACUCUGCUGUGUUCUAUGAUCUGAAGCAGGCUAUCCUUGAAAGCCCAAUAAGUGUAUGUCCUCCAGAGCUGGCCAGCCACCCUGAAGCCCAAGUCAAACCUGGCAAAGUGACGGCAGUAAAAAAGAGCCAAGAGACAAUUUUCUUACACUAACACAGACUAUUGCUAUUACUGGUGUAGUUUUAUUAUUGUGAUGUUUGCUAUGAGGCA